AUGGCAGUGUCCGAGCCCGCCGCCUUCUCAGGUCUCCCUGCCAAGGUCCGCAGCAUCAUUACCGCCAGUAAUACCUCGGACUCGGUCCCCUUCCGCGCGCGCACCGCCUAUGCCCACCGCACCUGGGCGCGCACCUUCAGCUGUCUCCCGGAGCUCUUCAUCCAGCCCGAGUCCCUCGCCGAGAUCGAGAAGGCAGUCAGCCUCGCCCGCCAAUGCCGCCGGCGCCUCGUGACCGUCGGCUCGGGCCACUCGCCCUCCGACCUCACCUGCACCUCCUCCUGGAUGCUGAACCUGGACAACUUCAACCACGUGCUGUCGGUCGACGGCGCCACUGGCCUCUGCACCGUCCAGGCGGGCAUCCGCCUGUACCAGCUCAGCGCGGCGCUCGACGCGGCCGGGCUGGCGAUGCCGAGCUUGGGAAGCAUUGAUGAGCAGAGCAUCGCCGGCGCCAUCAGCACCGGCACGCACGGAAGUAGCCUGCAUCAUGGGCUCGUGAGCGAGAGUAUUAUCGAGCUCAAGGUGACUAUGGCAGACGGGAAGACGAGGGCGUGCUCGGCCGAACGGAGGCCGGAGCUAUUCCGCGCCGCGCUGCUGUCGGUCGGCGCGCUGGGGGUGAUUGCCGAGGUGACGCUGCGGGCGGUGCCGGCUUUCUCGCUAUCGUGGAGCCAGACGAUCGAUGCGGAUUCGAGGCUGUUCAGCACGUGGCACGGGGAGUUGUGGAAGCAGGCUGAGUUUGUGAGGGUGUGGUGGUUCCCCUAUAUGCGGAGGGCGGUGGUGUGGAAGGCGGACCGGGUACCCAAGGAGGAUAUCGAGGCGGGGCGGGUCAGGCACCACCAGCCGGGCACCAGCUUCCUGGACACCAGGCUGGGGUAUAUCGUCUACCACAACCUGCUGGCGAUGGCGCGCUGGUUUCCGCGCAUUACCCGCUGGAUCGAAUGGUUUGUGUUCGGCCUGAACUACGGCUUCCGAAACGGCGACCGCACGCGCGUGAGCGGCGUCCAGCCGAGCUACAAAGCCUUCCUCCUGAAUUGCCUCUACAGCCAGUUCGUCAACGAGUGGGCGAUCCCGCUGCACAAGGGGCCCGAAGCGUUGCAGCGACUCGGCGCGUGGCUCAACCGCCUGCAGCCCGGCGACCCGGGCUAUGUCGACCAUCGCAUCCCGUUCAGUGCCGAGGGCCUGUGGGUGCACAGCCCCGUCGAGGUGCGCGUAAGCGACACGACGGUGAAGUCCAGCGCCGCCGAGGGCAACCGGCCCUACCUGGACAUCACCCCCGACGAUGGCCCCGCGCUCUACCUCAACGCGACCAUGUACAGGCCGUACUAUCGCGACCCGAGCAACCGGGCCACGGAGCGGUACUACCAAGCGUUUGAGUGGUUGAUGCGCGACUUGGGAGGUAGACCCCACUGGGCCAAGACCUUCACUGUCACGCCGGACGAGUUUGAUACGUGGUACGGCGAGGAGUGGAGGCAGUUCUGCCGGGUGCGGGACGAGGCGGAUCCGGAGGGUAUGUUUGUCGGACCAUGGCAUCGCAGGUAUCUGCUUGGCGGAGAGACGCGGUCACUUCCGCUCGAGGAGAUCGGCUUUGUGCGCGAGCGGGCGGAAGGGGGCGGUUUCUGCGUGUUGGGACGCCAGAAUCCGGCCGCGACGGUGUAG